ACUUUUUUCUUUUUGUUUCUACAUUACUCAUUAGUCAUCACUGCUUUUGUGCUUUCCUCAUAAGUGAACGACAAAACACUAGAAAAACUUCCUCAUUUCCCCCAAAUUGUAAAACCCUAACUCCCCUAAAUCCCCAGCCACCACCGCCGUUGAGUUCACCGGUGCACAGUUUCGCUGUUCCGCAGGCUGCAGGCGACGCUUCAUCAAGUGUUCGACCUCCGUGGCUCUGUGCUCAGGAAGUUGGAUAUGGAUUUUGAGAAAUUGAUACAAAAAUACUGACAUGUUUCAAGGGAAGAAAUAGAGGGGAUAAGAAAAAGAAAUGAUCACGAGGGGUUGAGUGAUUCCAUUGUCGAGUCUAUUGUAGACAUCUUUGAUAGCUUGAGAGAGUAUGAAAGGAUAAACGGAAAAGAAUAUUUUCUGGUUGGUCCUCUAAUUCAUCUGUUGUCGGUCAAGUUUCUACCUAAUAGCUUGCAAGAUACACCCCCACCAUCUCUGGUAGGAUAUACACUGAGUUUGGUGAUUUUGAAGUUGUUGGAUUAAAUGGCAAUGGCUUUUUGAAACUUAGCGACCGACAAUCAUCUUGGCCUUUGACGUGUAUGCCUUAUCAUUGUACCUGUUUUGUGGUUGAUUUUGCUAUAGGGGGCAAGACUUUAGGUUAGAGAUACAUUUCCUGUGCAGGGGAAAUAACUGAUUUUGAACAAGUUGACGAGAAAGUUGUUGUUACUGAUAUUGGCAAUUUCAGUUUGGCGCUACAUUGCCAUGCCGUUUGCUAUUUAUGCUUGUGUGCGAGUGAGCUUUCAUCACAAGCAAUAUUGUAAGUUCGAGGGUGCAAAUCACAGUUUCCUUGACAUCAAGGGAAAAACCAUUGCAAGUUAUGGCAGCAACACUUGCAAUUCCAAAGCCUGUAUUCUCUUUGAUAAAGAAUCUGAUGACUUUCGACGACUUGAUUUUGAGAAACAGGUGUAUCCUCUAGAAAGUUUUGACAUGAAUUUGUCUUGGUGUUGGGUUGGUUUACCAGCAUAUUCAUCGAUAUCGAAGGUCUUUUGUGCAUUAGAGGUUACAAUAAAUUUGGAUGAUAGGACCCUUGAAUAUGGCACGUGAUGGUUUAAUAAACCUCCAUGCUAAUUCGUUGAAGGUCAACAUGGUUUUGCUACCAUAUGUUACUCAUUUAUUCCACAAGCCGUGAAAGCUAAUGUAAUGGUUUUGUGUGCACAGAAACAGAAAAUUAGCAAAGAGAGUUUUGAAGGCUUUCCAAGAGUUUAUGGUGGUAUUACUGCUCAGCACCGCUACAUUGACUACACUAGCCGCUACAACAAAGAUUAUUUUUGAGUUACACUGUUUGAGAGGAGUGUAGAGAAUGCAAUGCAAACAAGUGCCAAAGGUGUGAUCUCGCAUUCAAGAUCAAUAGUUGUUCUAUUGGACUCGACACUUGUGGUUGGAUUAGAUUUGUCUAUGUGUGUUGGAGAUACUCAAGUCUCGUUCAACUCUUCAAUAGAUCUUAAGGUUGGCACAAUUAACUUCAGUGUGAAAAGUGAAAGCAAUGACUAUUCGGUUCAUAUAGAUUCUGUUGCUGUAUCUUUUCAUCUGUAAAUGAGUUAAGGUUGCUGAUACUUGACAAGGCUUCAGACAACCACUACAGGUACUACCCUUCUUUUAGCACUUUGUCUUGUUUUUAUGCAUUGCUUGAAUGGGAUCUGAAUAGUCUUGCUGCUAACUCACAAUUACAAAGAGGUUCAAGCAUAGUGUUGUCAUGUUGUGGUUCCGUUGCUAUCCUAUCUCUUAUGAUGGUAAGAAAAAAGGCAAAGAAUCCGUAUGACAUCAAAAAAACCUUGUUGGUAAGCUCUUUUGAUAUCAAUCUAAGCUUUCUUGCUGCUCAGUGUGUCAUCAAGUUUUGAGUAUGAUAUUUAACACAUGCUUCUCAGCCAUGCAUUCUUUAGUAACAUAGAUUAAAUAUAUGUGUGUGUAUCUUUGUAAGUAAUUAUGCAUAUUAUAAGGACGGCCGUCUCCUGUAUGCCUAAUUAGAGCUGCCCCUGUAGAAAAGAGAUCGUAUAAAAAACCUGCAUGUGCUGUUAAGUUGAGCAUUGAUAUUGGACUGAAAAUUUUUUAGAGACUAGCUGUCUAGCUUUUUAUGCUGCAAUCUGGGGGCUGAAUUUAUUUCCCUGCUGAUAAUUAAUCAAGUUUGCUCAGCCAAGUAUUUGUAAUUGUCUUGUUCUUGGAUGUUGUGUUCUUGCUAAUUUUCAGAGUUUUGAAGUAUACCUUUUGAGCGUUAAUAUUACACUAGAAGUUUGUUCAAGAGCAACAAUUGAUGGGAGAAAUUAACUUAAUAUACAUUAAUUUGCAUUGUUAGCCAUCUAUGAUGUGAACAUGUAGUAACCGAAGCACGAUAUCAAAGAUGAAAAACAAAUCUACACUAGAUGGUUGAAGAUGAAAGACUAUGCUUAUACUGGCUGAUUAUGUUUUAGAAACUGAUAAAUUUUGGUUCUUUUAUGGUUAUUCUUUCUUUGCUGUUAGAUAAGACCACUUUACCUUUCUAUAUCAAUAAGUUUCUUCCUUGGUUCAUUUAUUAUUAUUAUUCUUCGGAUUAAAAUGAUACCUGAUCUAUAAGCUUGUCGUCACAUAUCUGAAUCACAAUUGUCUAAGACCUAAGUAUUGUUCUUCAUAUCACUAGAAGUAUUAUUGUAUAUGUCAGUUCUAUUUCACUCACCUAAAUUUAAGAUCAGUAGAAUUGCGACUUCACAUUAAUGUUAGUAAGUAACUAGGUAAAUCUGAUCAUUUUGCUGUUAAUUUGUGCUCUGUUAUCCGAUUCUAUCAAUUCUUGUAAUGCAUGGGAUUAAUAUAUUAUAUAUUCAUAAAUCUGUGUUUUCCUUUUAAUAUUCUUGACAUUAUGGUUCCAAUCAAUUAUCCGCUUUGCUAGUAUCAAGUUUUUACUGGUAUGGUGGCAUAAGGCAUAUGUGGUGACUUCCCUUAGGCAUAAAAAGAGUUAAGAUUCAGACUAUAUGCUUAGUCUAUUUAGAUCAAAUGUGUAUAGCUAGCCUUUUUACCUCAAAUUAUUCUGGCACUAAGUCUUUGUUGUUGUUACUGUGUAUAGCAAGUUUGUUGUGUCCCAAAUUGUUAGUCAUUCACAUUCAUGCUGUCUUGCUUCAUCUGAACUUAGUAAGGUUCCUUGUUACUUGAUAGUUCUUGCUGGUGGAUAUAAGCUUUGUUUAUAUCUUGUAAGGUAUUUUUGUUGCUUAGGGUGUAAUACACUUUUGAGUAUGAUAUUGAGCUGCGCAGUUUAGUAACAUAGGUCAUACUCAGCUGCUCUGAUUAAGCUCGUCCUGGUAGUAUACCUGGAUUAAAGCCACUGGAUUAAGGGGGCAGUAAUGCUAAUGGGAUGAAUUAGUGAUGGGAUGAAUUAGUGAUUGUGUAGGGAUCUUGCAGAAGGGUGGGAUUAGGAAACCAUUGCUUACCCUCGUUUUGGGGAUAGUUGUAAAUACUAGGAAGAGUUUUGGAGGAUAGAUCAAUCUGCUUUACCUACUACACACUUCGACUCUUUACCUUUAAUCCAAGCAGGCAUUGACAGUAGAUAAUUGUAAAAAUGUCGGGAAAGGUUUUAUAUGGCAAUUUGAGACAUAAAGAGAUAAUUGUGGCAAAGUUUAUUAAACAGAGGUAACAAUAAACAAGUGAGUCAUUUUUGAGAAGAAAUAUGCUUGUAAAAUAUAAUUAGUUAUUGACAUUUAUAUCUGUGGUAGUGUUGUAUACUGACUCCAUUCUUGAGAGAGUGCAACAGUUUUCAUUUAUCGUGUAGUUUCUAUCUAUAUGCUUAUCAUAUGGGUUCGUGUAUUUUCCAAUUGUACGCCAUUUGUUUUCUCAUAAGUCUCCUGAAACUGUGUUAUAAGUUCUUACGGUUACUCUUUAGAUUUUAGAAGCAGAAAGUGGUACAUUGGUAUAAUGGUAUUCCUGUAGAAGGUAAUUUAGUUGCUUGCCUAGUUAGUAGUUACCCCACAUGGUACUCUGCCGCUGCUUAUUUUCUGACCUCGUUGUGAGUAUAAAAGGAUUAUUUUUAUAAACUUCCUCAUUUUCACUUUAGAUUUUAGAAGCAUAAACUGGUGCGUUGGUAUAAUGGUAUUCCAGUAGAAGGGAAUUUAGUAGCAUGCCUAGUUAGUAGUUAUCCUACAUGGUGAACUACCGCUGCAUAUUUUCUAACCUAGUUGUGAGUAUAAAAGUAUAAAAGGAUUAUUAUUAGAAACUUCCUCAUUUUCCUCCCUCCUAAUUUCAAGCUUUCCUUCUCUCUCCUCUAAACUUAAUGUCACCCUAUUACCUCCAUGGUGCGUUGUGAGAGAGGCUUGUCCCACGGUGGUAGCUGGGUUGGUGAUCGGAGCUGCUCUAAAGAUACUGAGAUUUGUACUUCCUCCGUUGUCACAUUGCCGUUGACCACCGCAAGUGGGUGGUUUGUCCCAAAGUCUUCUUUGGUGUGCCGUGAGCCACCACAGUGAGUGUACUUCAAAUAUGCACGGAUGUCGUCUCGCCGGAAAAAUUUCCCUUUGAUUUUUUUAUACUAAUCCUUGGCCUAUGUCUGAGGGUUUGGACCCAAUGAAGAAUUUCCUUUCAAGAUGCUCCUUCUCGUAAUUGCCCGCCGUAUAGUUGCAAAAGCCUUGUCGACCGAAGGUGAGGGCUCCUGGUUCAAUAGAUCUCAUCGGUCUUGAUCAGGUGACUCAUUGAGACUAGCGAGAAAUUGAUAUAACCGUUGGCGCUGGAUGUAACCAUUGAAUAUGGUUAUGUCUGUAGCACACUUCAUGGGGUUUAGUAAGCGACGAUCGAUCUCAUUCCACAAGGUCCAUUUUGAAUACUCAUGGUCGGUUUGUGGUGGAGGGUCGUCUGUGAGAUGUUUGAGGCGCCCCCUACCACCCAUUGCAAUGUGCAUCAUUUUAUUCCAAUUUGAGUAGUUUUGGUGUGUAGCUUUUCGGUGAGCAUAAUCGUCGGGGAUUGGUUUUUGGUGUUGGUUGACGACUUAUUCAUAGAAUUGAAUAAUUGCAAUAUCUGAUCUACCAAGACCGUUUGUUGGCCGCCCUCCGUUUCGGUGCUCGUCAUAGGUAAGAUUUUGGUAUAUGGAUGUUGGAGAAAAAUGCAUGUCGGGGAUCGGAACCUUAUGGCUCUGGUACCAUGAAAAAAAGAACAGAGAGAAUUAGAAGAGAAGAAUAAAGAGAAUAGGGUUUCAGUGAAUACACCUUUUCUGUAUAUUGCCAUUCUUUGUAUUAGUACACCAGAUUUUAUACAUAUGAAUAAAGAUAAAUACGUAAACAAGUAUAAGAGGAAAAGAUCCUGUACAAUAUUCUUCUCUUGAUUUGUGCUCUAAUUAUGCUUUGAUUGUUGUUCUUUCCUACAGAGUCGGCUUAAGUUACUGACUCUUGCUUCACAUUAACUUGCUGCUACUGCUUUGAUAUUAUGAUAUUGCAAGUAAUUCGAGUUGGCUUUGGUUUCGUCCCGAGGUUCAGCCAACUAGGUUUUCUCUACUUUACACAUACACAAAGCUUUUUUCUUCUCUUCAAAUUGCCAUCCAUAUCUUCCCAUAUGAAGCUCUACUCAUAAAUUCAUGUUCAAGACAAACGACUCAAGGCAUAUUCAUAACAAUCUCCACCUUGACUUGAGUCUCACAAGCGACAAUCAAACAUAGCCACAUCUCUAUUAACACAACAUCAAACAACAAAACAUCUUCAACAACUAGCGUGACGUAUAACGAAUAUAUACAUCAAAGUUGUGUAAAUCGCAUACACAAACCUUUUUAGAAACUCGCAUUCUCCGCCUUCACCCAAACACACUAGUAACUCACAUACUAAUGUCCAAACAAGCCCAACAAGAGCAUCAACAACCACAAGGUGAAAGAACUCAACCAAGGCAACACAUAGCUUGAACUUAUUGGUUGGCAAAGUCUUGAUCAUAAUAUAUAUCAAAUUGUCUUUCAUAGCUUCCAACACCAAAAACAACCACUUCAUCUUGAUAUCAUAUAUUCCAAAUGAAGAACUAUUUGAUAUUAUGAUAUUUGGUCUACCAAUAAACCAAGAUAAACAUACUUUGGCUUUCACAAAACCAGAAUCUAGGCUAGAACACAAAACCUUAUAAGACCAUAACUCACUUUGCAUCCACGAGGACUCCACAAUGGCCAUAGGAGGAACCGCUUCAAACAUAGACAUGGCCGCUAAAACUUGUAAAGAUGAUAGCCAACUAAACACCGCAUUACCCAAAGUAACUAUAAACUCCGAAAGCGAUUCUCUAAAUCUCCGCCAUAACCCGAGUCACAAAAACAAACAAGAAACCUCAUGUCUUCACCAAAAUUGAGACAACACUUGAAGAAACCAUCAUGUUUCUUAAUUAAAACAUAUCACCACAUUCUAAAGUUGUUUCCUUGAGUUUAUUAAUACAUACUUCUAACUUAAAACAUACUUCUUGAAAUACCUCACACUACCCGCAACACUUGUGCAUGGAACGCUAAGAUUUUGCUUUAUAAGUGGCCACAAAUCUUUGAUCACUUCAUCAAGAUUUUCAUGUCAAAUGUCUUCGAAAAUAAGUUUAUCAAAACCUCCACCUUAAGUAAAAAAACUCUAUAUGCAACCAACUUUUUUGAGAUAUAACAAGAAGCAGGCACAUAUAUGCUUCAUGUAGAUAUAACCACUAUAUUACCUUUGUGCACUACCAUGUAACGUAAAGAAAUAAACAAAUAACGUCUUUACUAAAAGACUAGAAGAAUACUUUAACCAUAAAGAACCUUCUCCAAACUACACACAUGAUCUUCUUUGUCCAUUAUCCCAUACAAUAUGAAUGCUUCAUGUGGAUAUAAUCCCCUAAACCACAUAGAGAGAACCUAGUUCACCAUCACCAUCAAAAAACUAGUAGGGCUCUAAAAUGAAGAACAUGUCACUAACGAAGAAAGCGCCUCAUGAAAUCAAAAACUUCAAUUUGAGAACAACCUUAUGCAACUACUUUAGCUUUGUCGACUGGUCCAAAAAAAACCUUUGGAUGAUCCUUCCUUCUUCUUGAAGACUCAUAAGCACCCAAAUGAACUCAAAAUUUAUUCGGUGCCUUCACAAAAGAUCAAGUGAAACAACUUAUCACGAGACCUCAUCUCUACACAUGGCUCUAAGCCACAAAUUUGCAUCUACCAAAGCCAACACAUUCUUGCAUGAGCUGAAAUCAUCCAUGUCUACUACUCCACUUGCAAUCGUUAAAGAAAAGAUCACGUAAAUACAUCUUUCUAUAUACCUCUUCAUAGACUUCACUUGCCACUACGACCGCUGCACAUUAGAAGAUGAUGUUCCAUUGAUUGAUACAUAUCAUUUUCAAACCUCGAAGCUACCAAAGCUCUUUGGAGGCUCCACCUAGUUAUAAGCAUCUAGUGUUGAACUAACAUUGAUAGUGAUAACAACAUCCCAAAAACAAGAGCAAGCAUAGAUGAUAUAAUAUAUAACAUCACAAGGAGUCAUUCUACUCCUGUACAUCUCACACAUCAACCAAAUACCUUUAACACACCCUAAAAGCCCAUGAAACAUGCAUUUUCAAGCUUAUGGUUCAAGGUAUCCCUUCACUCACAUGUAUGUAUUCCGAAUAAUCACAUAUACAAACAAGCAUAUAAUAUCUCAAUAGAAUUUAAAACAUACUUGACUUGAAGUAAAACAAUGUGUAGAGAAUCAGUUGACCAAGUAAUAUAUCGUGAAGAAACAUCUCGGUCAAAGUUGAUUACCCAACUUAACUUGGUUCAACAUUCAUCUUUCGUUUAUCAAACAACGCCUUGUUCUUCCUCUUGGCUAUCCCACUUAGAUAUAGCCCAACUACACAAACAUGAUACCUAGCAAAACAAUCUUGGGAGCACACUUGAGAAGCACUUUCACAAUCAAACACAAGCCCGUUGUCGGUCCUUAAUGACUUGACGCUCAUAUUUAUCCUCUUCUUAAUCAUAGUCUUCGAAACCUUGAAGACUUUCAUUACUCCACCAUUAGUCUUAAUGAAAUAACAUCAAACAUUCCUUAAGAACCCAUCGAUGAACAUGAGUAAGAAGCCACAAUAAUUCUAAAAGAACAUCCUACAUGUAUUCCAUAGAUCCUCAUGAAUAUAAUCAAAUAUUCUUUUGUGAUAUGUAUAACCAUAAAGCUCAAACCACAUUUCUUACCCAAAAACAGAAACUUUUAAAACUUUCACCCGUCAAACAUACAAACUUGUCCAACUUAAACAUCUUAUGAUCAUCUACAUGACCAAAGAACUCAAAGUUUUGUAUAUAUAGAGUAAUCCAACAUUGUGAUUAUGGAGAGGUUUGUCAAGUUGGUAAUAAAGAAUGUUGUAGUACAUACAACCUUCCAGCCAGCUUUCCUUAAAAAAUCCAAGAGAGCCCUUAACGACUUUCAUCACUCCACCUACAGUCCUAUAGCUAAAUCAAUCACUAACCAAAAACAUACCCAGAGAAAAGAUUCAUCUUCAAAAAAUCCGAAACAUGUCUUACAUCACUCAAUCCCAAAAAACAUUUCAUCGUGAACUUCAAUGCAAAAACUCCCAUAUCAAAGACUUAAAUAUAUCAUUAUAUCUGAAAGUCACAAAUUCUGCCAUCUACCUUUCCAAAUUCCAAAGAUAGAAAAAGAAAUCUAAAAAAAAAACUAGACUCAUGUGACAAAGAACAACCAAAAUAAAAAAUCUAUACACAUUUUCCUUGUACCCAUCAGUGAUACAUUCUUAAGCGUAUUUAAUUGUGCAUUAUUAAGAAUAUAAAAAUUAAUAUUAAUAAAAUUUACAUUGAUACGAAUUUAAUCAGAUCUGCUCGAGUGUGAAGAAUAAAUGAGACACUAAUAAGACUUAAUAUGAGGGAGAAAUUUUUUGAGAAUCAAGUAUGAUCUCAGUUGGAAUAAAAAUCAGAUUCUCAAACAAAAAUUCUUAUUCUUUAUACACCUUUAAGCGAUUGGGUUAAUGAAUAUUGUGGAGCGUAACUUGAAAGACCUGCCGCAAAAAAUUAACUACCCAGCCUCAAUUAAAAUGGGUAUGAAUCGAUUCAACCAUAAAUAACCCCUUAGCUUAUUAAAAAUCAAAUAAGUGGAUUAUCAAAAUAAUUACAAGUACACAAAAACAAAAAUUAAGUGGAGCAAAUAUAUUGUACACCUUGACCCUACCAGUGCACGAAGCCACGUAGGAAAAACCAAUCACGUCUUCCAAGUGGAACAUUUCUACGUUCCAUUCUCUAUAUGCCAUCUUUUCUUCUCUCCCAUCCCAAAAAGUCGCAUAUAAUGUAAUUAUUAAUUCAAUAGUCUUCCAUUUACGUUUGACCAGCAAAUAUUAGUAAGUAUGACCAGUAAAAGGAUGAAAUCAACACCAAAACGUCCAAAAGACAGCAACAUCCCAACUCAGUCAUAAAUCCCAAUUUAUUAAUUUCCUUUUAUAUAAAUUUAUAUCUAUACGUUACAUUCAAACCUCAUCAUUGAUGUUAAAUCAAAUCAAAUCAUAAAUUAUUCUUAUAAUUAUACGUCUAAAAAUUCCAAAUUAACCGAUUAUUCUUACCAUUAUAAUCAUAAUUAUAAUUAUAAUUAUAAUUAUAUAUAUUGUACUCUUUUUACUUUGGUAUAUACCUAUAAAAUAAACUCCCAUCUUGUCCUAUAUUCCUUGCUUCCUCAACAUCUACAAUCAAUGGAAAACCAGAAUGAAGAAGUUGAGGUGCCUCAAUAUUUUGUUUGCCCUAUUUCCCUUCAAAUCAUGAAAGAUCCUGUGACGGCUGCAACGGGUAUAACCUACGACCGUUCCAGUAUCGAGCGGUGGUUAAACGCAUCAGCCAUCACGGAACGUUUAUGUCCGGUAACUAAACAACCUCUUUCAAACAACUCUCUAACGCCAAAUCACACCUUACGCCGCCUCAUCCAAGGUUGGUGCGUAGCCAAUGCUAGCCGCGGUGUUGAGCGGAUCCCGACACCCAAGGCUGUGCUUUGUAGGGCUAAUAUCAUGAAAAUCCUUCGGGCGCUCAGCGUGCCACACCUACAGCCCGCCUCACUGGAUCAGCUCAUUUCUUUGAUACAUCAUGCUAAGGAUGAAGAUAAGAAGCUUAUGGCCGACUGCGGCGUUGUUAAAUCAAUGGCUUCGUUGAUCUUCAAGUGUUUUACCGAAAAGAGUACCAUAUUUCUUAAUAAAGCAUUAAAGAUUCUUACAUCUAUUUGGAUUCCUGCCAAUGUAUCGUCCGAAGUGAGAUCCAUUGUCAUCGACAAUAAAAAUCUUAUUGAGGCGAUCACGUGGGUCUUACUCGACAAUAAUGUCGAAGGCAAGACCCUCGCGAUUAAUUUAGUUAUGGAGGCGGUCCAGAUUGCGGGAUCUAGCCCACUUAUGGAGAGGCUAGAGCCCAAAUUCCUCCAAGGAAUUGUUGGUCUUCUAACUAAUAAUAAAAUUAUCAACGUGGGACCUACAAAGGCGGCCCUCCGGGCCUUGUUAGAAGUGUGUAAGCAUGGGAGAAAUAAAUACAAAAUCAUUGAAGCCAACACUAUUUUCCACCUCAUAGAGCUGGAAUUAGAGUUGGGUUUGGGUGAGCCCGGUAAAAACAAGAAAUUAAGUGAGCUAAUAUUCUGCCUCUUGGCCCAAUUGUGCUCUUGUGCUGAUGGAAGAGCCCAAUUCCUUGCUCAUUCCGGUGGGAUUGCGGUCAUAUCGAAAAGGGUCUUGCGGGUGUCACCCGUCGUCGACGAUCGGACAAUCCAAAUAUUAGGUUUAAUAUCGAAAUACUCGGCCACCAAUGAGGUGUUGCAUGAGAUGUUGAAAGUGGGUGCAGUUUCAAAGCUUUGCAUGGUGUUACAAGCUGAUUCCGCAAAAUAUUUGAAAGAUAAAGUGAGGGAAAUGCUAAGGUUGCAUUCUUAUGUUUGGAACAACUCACCGUGUAUUCAAGUUUACCUUUCAACAAGGUAUCCUAUGCUACAAUUUUGACUAAAUAUAAUAUGUAUAAAAAUAUUGGCAUACAGCUUCAAGGUAAUUAACAAAGGUUGUAAUGACAAUUAGGUUUAGCAAAGUACAUGGUGGAAUAUUUGCUCUUAAAAUUGUAAAUUAUAAUAUCAUAUCAUUUGUUUACCUAUACAUAAUACAUAUUUCUUUAGAUAAAUUUUCACAAACUUGUUUAUCUAAUUAUGUUAUGUUUAUUUUU